AGGAGCGGUUAAAUCCAAUUUAGAUGUGCUCGUCCUGCUACAUGCUGCUACUACUUCUGGCAGAGAAGACAUAGAGAAAUGGAGAAGACUUCGCGCAGCGUUAAUGGAUAGUUUGCGUGCGUAGAUGAAUGCGACAAGUACGGGAUACACCACCGAAGUGCGCGAGCCCGUCAGCACAAGGCGACCCGUUUGCCUUAUUUUUGAUAGAGUUCGGACUCUAGGCAUAUUCUUGCACUCCUGCUGCUUCACACGGCAAGAUGACGUCGUGUAGACCCUCGUACGGCAGCUACUGUUGUGUAGCGUGGUGCCAAAACAACGGAAGAACGCAAAAGAAGCCCGGAACCUGUUUCUUUCGCAUCCCACGGGACAGCAGAAUAACAUCACAAAAGAAAAGAGAACCUGGAAAAGAGAUACAGCAAGCACCCAGGUUGGCAGCAUGGGUGACAUACUCCCGAAGGGCCGACCUUAUGGAAAAGCCAGCCAGCGUAUUGUACAAAUCAUACAGGAUGUGCAGCGACCAUUUCACAGCACAAGAUUUCAUGGACCCAGGGCACACGCGGCUCACAAAAAGAGCUGUACCUACUGUUUACCCAGAUUCUGUUGACAUGUCGCCUGCUCAAGUUUUUGUGGUUACAUCACCUCAAAACACCGUCCACGAGGACCAUCUGGAAAAAUCUAUAUGCAUCAUCUCCUUGUCUGAAGACCCUGCUGUGCAAGGCUACAGCCAUGCUGUGGAUGAUGAACAAGCCAGUGAGGAUGUCGUGGAAGAAACAUGCGAGAAAAGCUCCCUUGUGGCAGCAAGCCAUGUUGCUGAAGGCAAUUUUGCAGGAAGCCUGCAGGUGAUGUCUGGCGGCAACACCUCCUUGAGCGAGCUAGGUGCUGCAGACUCUCAAGUGGACCUGUCUGGCAGCAGUUCAACCGGGGCUGAGUGUUAUGCUGCGCAUGAUGGCAUGUCCACAAGUACCAGCAGCUUUAUUGACAAAGCUGCAAGCUCAGGAGAAGACCUUCCUGAUGGCAUGUCCACAAGUACCAGCAGCUUUAUUGACAAAGCUGCAAGCUCAGGAGGAGACCUUCCUGUUGCUUUCAACGGUGUAGCAAGGGGCUCUCCAUCAAAAAAAUUUAGGACAACCAUCCAUCGACUGCAGUCCAAGGUGGCAAGCUACCGGCGGACCAUUGCACGGUUACGGAAGCAGCAGAGCAAGCUGCUGCCAUCAAUUUCGAAGGCACUAGAAAUGAUCCGUCCAUUUGUGUCAGAGGAGGUUUUUAAACUUGUAUGUGCACACAUGCAGUUGCAGAAGAAGGGAAAUGGCAAGCGGUUCCCUGCUUGGGUCAAGAAGUUCGCUUUGGAUUUGUAUUUUCGUGGACCACGAGCUUACGAAUAUUUGGCACCAAUUUUCUCUUUGCCUACGCCACGUUCUCUGAGGCGGUGGAUAAGUAACCUAACGGAUGAGCAGGUGUGAUUCCUAAAUGUAUGGAGUAUUUCAGCGAGCAUCAAACAUGAAAUAAGUGUGACCGAGUGUGCACACUUGUGUUUGAUGAAAUAGCUCUAAACAAGAAUUUGUCUUAUGAUAAAGUUCAAGAAGUUUGUGUAAGUAUAUUUCUGGACACGUUUGUGAUGGCAUGUCUGAUUUGUGGUUCCUUCUGAAGGUGCAACUGCACCUCCAAGUGGUUGGGUGGGGUGCAACACUCCUUUCAGGAUGCUAUUCAUUGUGAACCCCUGCAGCUUUGCAAUGUCAAUUGUUUAACCUUCACCACGUGCCUAAGAGGAAGCAGCUCAAGUACGAAUGAUGCAGUGCACAAUGUGGUAGUCUCGGGAAGACUACUCAAGCCAGUUCCCGGUUUUAAAGCUUAGUGCAUGUGUUGAUAUUGUACAGGUGACAGAGCUGAUGUGAGGUAAUCUUGCAGAAUGGUUGAGUGAGUCGGUGAGGCUGCAGGUUUCAGUGCAGGGCAAUGUAGUGGUCUCGCAAAGACUACUUUGUGUGUGUUGCCGAUUGGAUACAUAAAUGACAAAAGCAGAUGUGGGUGCUUGUGGAAGUCAGCUUGUGGAAUGGUCGUUGGGUGAGGGGGUGUAGAUAUACGUGCAAAGCAAAAUGGUUGUCUUGGAAAGACUGUUUUGUGUGUGUUGCCGAUUGGAGACAUAACGGAUAUAAAAGCAGGCAUUGAAGAGGGUAGGUAAGCUUGCGGAAUGAUAAGGGAAAGGGGUACGGAUUAAGAACAAAUCAGCGUAGUGGUUAGGAGGCUUACCCUAGGCGGUGUUCGAUUGUCUGGUUGAUCGGCAUGUUGCCGAAAGGAUUAACGUUAACAAUGCUUUAAGUACCAACCUAAGGUUUAAAGAAAUAUUUCACGUUUCAGAGCCGGCACUGCUCUUGUUUACAGUGAAAUAGCAUUUCAUUCUAUGCAUUAAACUAGGUGGUAGCACCCUCCACAGAGGUAUGAUGGAGGUCGCACUUCUGGAGGAAGUGGGACGGGGAGGGGAUAGACCUCUCGAGUUGUUAGUUAAUGAGAGACCCGUAGUGCGGCCCGAAAACACCAGAUAUGUUACGACAAAAAUAUGCAUUAUUGGUGCAGAAGGUGGUACAAGUCUACUAGUCUCUUUUUUUUGCUGAAAUAUAUAGUGUUUUUUACAUGUCUCUCUUUUUUAGGCUGCAACAUUCGAUUUUUUUCUUCUCCAAGUUAUGUAUUGUUGAUUGCCUAGUGGCAUUCUUUUGGCAAUGUCUUCCAGCUUGCUUGCAGUGUGUAAAAUAGGUCGCAAGUGUAUCGGCUUUGCAUUUUUUUGAUGUGAAACAGAUUACUUAGUUUUCUGUAUUGCACUCCUGCCCUGUUAUGUAUGCGCCAAGUGGCGACGGUAUACUGUGUUGCUCUUGUAUUUCAUGGAGUGAAGUAAAUAUUCAAUUAAAAGGUUA